UCAUAUCACCGGUUAUUUUACAAUAUUGCGUAUAUUACAUUGCCCAGAAAUUAAUUUCUUGAAUUGCAGAUAAAAAUUUUCUCAAGAAUAUUAUUAAUUACUAUCAUAAAAAUGCAACGUGCUCUAUCAAUCUGUUCACGUAAUAUGGCCACACUAAGCCAAUCACGAAUGGUUGGAGAACGUGGAUCUGGUGCUGGAAAAGGAGGUGGUGGUGGUGGAUCUAUUCGUGAAGCUGGUGGUUCUUUUGGUAAAAUGGAAGCUGCUAAUGAAGAUCAAUAUUUUUACAAUCAGUCGAAAGAUCAAAUAGCUAAAUUACGUGACGAGCUACAUGAUGAAAUUUCAUUCCAUGAAGAGCAAAUAAAACGUCAUCAAGAAGCUAUCACUCGCCACAAGUCACGAAUCAAUCAAAUGGACAAGCAAUGAACGGCUAAGUUAUCGAAAGCACUUGAAUACUUGCAAAACAUAAUAUAUAUAAACAAUAAAAUGAUAACUAUUUAACGAACGUAAACUUGAUUGGUAAUUAUUGAGCAUUCAAUAGUUACUAUUUAAUCAAUUAACCGUCAAUGCUUGUAAACUAGUAAGCCUAAUUAGAUUUAGUGUUACUCAUCACCUUUUUUUUAUGCUUUGUGUAAAGUUUUUGAAUAAAUAAUCUUUUCAACAGUUUAA